UGCGUUCAGUGGUGAAUGUUUGGCCAGUGUUCAAAUAUUGUUAUUGUUUGUGGAGUGGCAGCUGAACACAGAGACGGAACUUCCAACAAUCCAGUCAGCUCGUGUUUCCGGGUGAUUCACAGUUAGAUAAGACAUGCUCUUAGCGCGAGAACGUGUAUUAAGUGGUACUCACGUGUUUUACUUCUCGUAAUUUCGAGCCUCACGAUAUGUAUGCUCGUCUCUAACAUGGAUGAAUUUUUACCAUUACCCUCUACCCGCGAGAGAGAAAGUCUUAGUUUACAUAAACUCAAUUCUUCCGACGAAGACAGUGACGAUUGGUCGCUAGGAAACCUGGAUGCCUACCUGGAUUACCUCAUAUCUCAGCUGCCAGCUGAAAGUGGAGAGACGCCAGUAAGACAAACGGACAGUCAAUCAGUCGGCGGUUACCCAGGGUCGUGGGACUGCACGUGGUCCGGACCCACAUUAACACAAGGAGAAAUUUCAAACUUUAGUAAUCCUUCGUGCAUGUUCAGUGACACUGCCUGCAACUCCUUUUACAACUUCAGCCUAGAAUCUGGUUUUGGUUCCUCCACAGACUCCGUGUCAGACUUCAGGACAUGCGAGGACGAUUUAGUCGUACUAGGUGUAGGGUUAAAAACUUUAACGUCGGGAUUUCAGGAGAAGGAGCCCAUCAUUUCUAAGUCUGUCUAUAACAACUCGACAACAGUUCUUCAUCCACGAGGAUCCGUCGAUAGAUUUAACCGGAGCAUUUCGAACAGAAGCAGUUCCACGGAGACAACUACGUUCCCCGUAACUAGUUGCUCCCCGUUGCUGAACUUCCCCCAAACGGCUACGGGAAAACGAAGAGGAUCGCAGAGGGUGGGCGUGAACGGAUCCUCGGUUAAAGAUGAGGAGAAGGUUUUCUACUGCACCUACCAAGGGUGUAGCAAAGUCUACUCCAAGAGCUCGCAUCUCAAAGCUCAUCUGAGACGUCACACGGGUGAGAAACCUUUCGCUUGUCAGUGGCCCAGUUGCGGUUGGCGUUUCUCUCGAUCGGAUGAGUUGGCCCGCCACAAACGGUCUCACUCGGGGAUCAAACCUUAUCUUUGUCAGAUUUGUGAGAAACGCUUUUCCAGAUCCGAUCAUCUGGCUAAGCACCUGAAGGUACACCGGCGCGAAAAGUUGUUUAGCCUAGUGUCCCUCUAGCGUCCAUCGUACAAACUACAGAAAUAUGAAAUGGGACAAAAGUUCUCCGUGUGCCAAAACUUAUUUGUUACUAAUUGAUGUUAAGUCGAAGAAAAAACACGUUAGAUUAGAUCUUAAAUAAGGAAGAUCGUGCCGUACACUGUAAAAAAACACAUUAGAUUACAUCUUAAAAUAAGGAAGAGCGUGCCGUACACUGUAAAAAAACACAUUAGAUUAGAUCUUAAAAUAAGGAAGAUCGUGCCGUACACUGUAAAAAAAAAAACACAUUAGAUUAGAUUUUAAAAUAAGCUGAUCUGUUAAUAACUGUGCUGCUUAAACUCAAAACUUCUUUA